UUAAUCACCAUCCUCAUCACAUUACCUGGAGCCAGUUAACUCUACCUGCAGUACCAUACCACAGGUAAGACACCAGUGACACCUCCUGAUUGCAAUCAGCACCAGUUUACCUGUCCAGGUAAACAAAAGGUGUCAUCUACCACAGGAGGUCAGUGACAAACAAACACCCCUGUCACCUGUCAAUCUGGUCACUGUCACCCACUGACCAAUUGUGCUUAGUUUUACAUAGGUGGCUGAAGCAAAGUGCCAAUCAGAGGCAUGUUUGCAAACUGGCAGGUGGCAGGGGGGUGACAUGUUAUAAAAAGGGAAGCCAAUGUUUGGCAGGACACAACAGCUUUGGCAUCUUCAGUGUCAACUUGCCUCUGUGUAGCCUUGUGACUUGUACUGUGUCACCAGACUGACAAAUUUGUGUCAAGUUGUGAGUUGUACUGUUCUGUCAAGCUAAGUGUCACAGUGUCAGCUAUCACCAACUGCCAAAAAGGAAACUUAGUGCCAACUUUGUGCCACCUGAUGAUGUCAAGUUAUAUAUCCAGCAUGGAGACAAACCUCAACCUGCCAACUGACAGUGAAAUCCAGGCUGUUUUGUCCUUCACGGGCCAGCAUGCAUCACUGUACCACCAAAGUGAUUUGGACCAAGCAAAUGCCAAUCCAACAUACACUGCUGAGAUCCACAGCAUCCACAGUUCCCUUGCCUCAGAAGAUCCAGCCAUUCAAUCUGCCUCUCAGUUACUGCCAGUGUCUACUACAACAAAUCCACUUCCCAGUGGAGAUGAUGGAGAUUAUGCCACAUUAAGGGACGUUCUUCAGGAAGAAAUCAGCUCCUCCCAAGUGCCAUUAAGCCUGCUCAGCAGUGUCGCCAAACAACCCAAAGUUCCCAUCAGUGUGCGAGCGUCAUUCUUGGAUCUUCUCUUUAUGAGACUACGACUACGUGCAACGAGCCAAGUACAAGAGCUCCAUACCAUGUAUCUUGAUCAGCAAAGGGAGUUGACACAAGAACGUGAGUUAGCACUCUCCUCUGUAAGUGACCAAGAACUGAGAAAGGCCACAGUCUGCCAUUUUGAUGAAAUCGAGUACAGACUCAUGGAUCGUGUUGAGAAAAGCCUCAAACUUCUAGAACAAUAUAUCACGCAAAAUGAGGACAUCAUCAAUCCUAUGGCUAUUGUUCCAUCAGACACAAACUUCGCCAGGAGCUACGAGAAUCCACUUACCCCUGAAUCACCAGUAGGGGGCACUGGUGUUGCUGUCACUUGUUCAUCAAACUUACAACAUCGUUUGAUAGGCAGUGUUACCCCUGUUCAGUCAUCUUUAGCAUGGACCAUUGACACUUCACCCAUCAUGCCAAUGGACAUUUGCUCUACCAAUGCUAAACCCAGCUCUGAUGCCACAACAAAUCCUCCUCUUGCCAACGCUGAGCCAAAUGACACUCCAUCUGCCACACAUGAUAUGGACAAAGCACAAAAGCCUGUGACUUUCAAGAUGCCUCCAAAGCCAAGAACUGCCUGCUACGACUUCCCUCGUAAAGUUCUGUGGGCGUGGUUGGUGAACAAUCAGUAUGAUCUGUGCCCCACGUCAACCGUCACCUCUGAUCUUGCCACCAAGUCUGGCCUCACUAUCACCCAGGUGGAGAAAUGGUUUCGCAACCAGCGACAAAACAUCAGGUUUGAGACCUUCAGGCUGAUAAGGAAUAAACCAACACUAGAUGGCAGCAAAACUCCAACUCCCACCAUUACCACCGCCACAUGUCCCAACACAAGCCACAACAGUGACUCAGCUCACACUAAGAAAAAGAAACAUGAGCGUCGUCCAAUGCCCUACGAGAGUGAAAUGAACCAUUUGUGGAAAUGGUUGAUGAGAAAUGACUGCAACUUGUAUCCCUCUGAAACAGUGAUUGGAGAGAUAAGCAACAAAAUGGACAUGUCUUCUGAGCGCCUGGUGCAGUGGUUCCGAGCUCAGAGGGAGGGUCUUAAGCGCAAAGCUUCUCCAUAUUUGUCAUGAACUGUUGGUUUAAAAUUUAAACAGUUUGUAAACAGUAAAGAUGGUAUGUGUGGCUACAGCAACUUUCAACUUUUUCCAAAAUCAUUUCUAAUCAUCAAUAUGCAUGCUUGUUUUAAUAUGGUUAUUAUUGUGUUAUAAGACAUAUUAAAGUGCAAAUUUUAGAAAUGAUGCAGAACUUAGUAUUUAAAUGUACUUAGUUAAUUGGAAAUUUGUAUUUGACGCAAAUUGAUCAGUGUAACUGCCAAGAAUUUUUUUUUUUUUUUUUUUUGUAUCUCAGUUAUGUACAUGUAUCUUAGCUUACAUGAUGGAAUCAUUUGUUCAUCUUAUUAUGACAAAACAAUUCAGUUAACAAACUUGUACCCAGAUUGUUUUACUUAGCUGAAUUUCAUGUAGUAUUUUCUUUAGUGUAACUGCUCAAAAAUAAUAAUGUCAAUGUACUAACAGUUUAUAAGUAAAGACAAUGCCAAAUGUUCACACUUUUAAAUUUAUGCCAUUAAUCAGAUAAUUGACAACUGCCAAAGGUUGAGAAAUUGUAAGACCUGUUUGUUUCUAUCUUUCUUUACUUCUUUGUGUUAUGAUGAUUAUUGCAUGCAUGACUACCUUGUAUUUUUAAAGUGUUCAACUCAGAUAUUUUCUGUAAGAUUUGAUUUACGACACAAUUUGCUCUCUUCAUAUGCCAUUUUGACAAAUAAACAAAAGUACAACUGAACCAUUAUAUUGUUUCCUCAAUACCUUCAGGCUUCAGACAUCCAACAAACUUCAGUCAUGCACAUAACAUGUGUAUACCAUCCCACAGCGUUAUUUUCCCAAAUCUGUGUUGUUAUUCCCACUGGCAAGAUUAUGUUACGACCUGCAUCAA